GAGGAAGGAGGAGGAGGAAGAGAGGCGCGCAGGGAAGGCAGGCGAGAGGGAGGAGGGGAGGCUGAGCUGGGCUUGGCUUCCCCUCCGCUCCAUUGAUAGGUAUUAGAAAUUGAUUCCUCGCCGCUGCUCUUUGUUCGGUUCACUCAUUGAUCACGCAGCAGCAGCGGCCAGAAGCAGCGCUAGAGAGGAGGCGGCGGCGGCGGCGGCGCGCGCCCCAGCCGCCAGAGCGCAGCCGGAUUGCCGGGCUGGAUGGACGCGCCGCCGGUCAGCCCUUGGCUGGAGCCACCUCCGCCUCCUCCUCUGCCGGAACCGGAGCGGACUCUCCCCACUGCAAUUUCCCCCGGAUCUGCUGCUGCCGCCGCCGCUCCCGCUUCCUCCUCCGCCCCCUGGCACCUCGCCUCCCCGGCCGGCUCGCAACUUCUCCGGGCUGCAAAGAAGGAGCUUAAUUCCAUUGCUUCCGAACUGGCAGCGCGGCAGGAAGAAAGCGAGCACUCUCAUAAACAUUUAAUUGAACUCAGCCGGGAAUUUAAGAAAAAUGUACCUGAGGAAGUCCGGGAUAUGGUGGCUCCUGUCUUAAAAAGCUUCCAGGCAGAGGUGGUUGCUCUUAGUAAAAGAAGCAAGGAAGCAGAAGCGGCAUUCCUGAACGUCUACAAGCAAUUAAUUGAAGCCCCAGAUCCUGUCCCUGCCCUCGAAACGGCUUGGAGCCUAGAAGGCCGGAUUCAGCAGCUGCAUUGCCUCGGCCCUGAGAACCCACCUUUGAAGGAGCUGAAUCGGAAGUGGAAGAAGAACCCGGAGCUCCUAUGCCCCAAAGAGCAAAGAGAGGGGACACCUCCAGCUGGACUCGUGGUUUCAGAGGGAGCCAGGCUCAUCAGCGUCAAUAGCAAAGUGCUCCUGACGGAAACCUUGCUGCAGAGAAAUGAGGCUGAGAAGCAAAAGGGCCUACAGGAAGCACAAAUCACUUUGGCCGCUCGGCUGGGGGAAGCAGAAGAGAAGAUCAAAGUGCUCCAUUCAGCACUAAAUGCAACACAGACUGAGCUGGUCGACCUACGCUGUAAAUACGAUGAAGAGGCGGCUUCAAAGACAGAUGAAGUGGCCAUGAUCAUGACGAAUCUUGAAAAAGCCAACCAGAGAGCCGAAGCUGCCCAGAGGGAGGUGGAGAGCCUGCGGGAACAGCUUGCAUCAGUCAACAGCUCCCUUCGCAUGGCUUGUUGCUCUCCACAAGGACCCAGUGGGGAUAAAGUGAAUUACUCGCUGUGCCCAGGGCCACGGAUAGAGGCAGUGCUAGCUGCCAAGGACCGGGAAAUCCUCCGGCUUCUCAAGGAAAUUCAGCACUUGCAAAACUCGAUGCAGGAGCUUGAGGAGUCUUCAGCGAAUCAGAUUGCAGACCUUGAACGGCAGUUGGCUUCUAAGAACGAGUCCAUAGAAAAACUGGAAGAAAAACUACGAGCCCAGUCGGAUUAUGAGGAGAUCAAGACGGAACUGAGCAUCUUGAAAGCGAUGAAGCUGGCCUCUUCCAACUGCAGCCUUUCCCAGAGCAUAUCAAAACCCAGUGAUGCUUUGCUUCUGGGAAAAGACUCCUUCUACCCAUCUCAGAAGUACCUUCUGGAAAAACCAGGCCUUGUACCCAGUACUGAGGAGGAUCCCUCAGAAGAUGAGUCAGUGAAGGACUCCAUGGGCACAGACCAGUCUUUCCCUUCCCCUCAGCAACUCUCGCACACACCCAGGGAGGACUCUGCCUCUCCCACCCUCCUCCAGCCCCUCCUGGGCUCCUCCGUGGCUCCAGAAGUACCAAGGACCUUCUCGCUGUCGCCUUUCCCUAGCCUGGGCGCUGCUGAGCGGAUACCGUUAGACUCCCUUCUCCCCAAACAGAUGGGGCCUCCAGGGUUCAAGAGUGAGAUCAGCGGCCUGGUGGCUUUCUCCUCCACCUUCUAUGCUGCCAAAGGGGCAGGCUUACCAGGCAACCCUGGGCCGGGCAUCCCUGCCAACGAGGUGAGCCCACCCAGCGACCAGUCGGAAGGCAGCAAUUCUGGGUCGGCUGACGAGGAGCAGUUGGAUACGGCCGAGAUUGCUUUCCAAGUGAAGGAGCAGCUCCUCAAGCACAACAUUGGCCAACGUGUCUUUGGGCAUUAUGUUUUGGGCCUUUCUCAGGGCUCUGUCAGCGAGAUUCUGGCUAGGCCAAAGCCUUGGCGCAAGCUCACUGUCAAGGGGAAAGAGCCGUUCAUCAAGAUGAAGCAGUUCCUCUCCGAUGAGCAGAACGUCUUGGCUCUGAGGACGAUUCAGGUGCGCCAGAGAGGUAGCAUUACGCCGAGGAUUAGAACGCCAGAAACGGGCUCCGAUGAUGCCAUCAAGAACAUCCUAGAGCAAGCCAAGAAGGAGAUUGAGUCUCAGAAAGGAGGAGAUGCCAAGAGCUCCGCAGUGCCCCAAGCGGUCACAAAUGGCACUGGCAGCACCAGCAACUCGGAAGAUGCCAUCAAAAGCAUCCUGGAGCAGGCCCGCCGGGAGAUGCAAGCUCAGCAGCAAGCCCUGCUUGAUAUAGAAUCGGGCGGCACCAACAGGUCUGCUGCCACACCGCCUGCAGAACGCUCCACCCUGGCGGCUGUCAGCCAGAACAUCGUGCAGGCCUACAUCAAGCAGGAGGAGGGAAUGCUUGGCCCCAAUGCCAGCAGCAGCACGACACAGACAUCCCUGACGGUGCUCUCCCCUGCGGCCUUCGUGCAGAGCAUCAUCCGCAAGGUCAAGUCCGAAAUCGGGGAUGCCGGCUCCUAUUUUGACCAGCACUGGGCAACUGAGAGGAGCUUGCUGAGCCGUCCAUAUACCUCAGUGUCGCCCUCCCUCUCCUCCUCAUCCAGUUACUCCAGCAUGGCCAACGGGCGGGUGUGGCAACGCGGGGAGCCUGGAGACACUAUCCCGAACGAGGAAGAGCUGCUGACCUCUGAGGAUGAGCACCACCGAGUGCUAGAGGUCAAGUCAGAAGCGGCUGGCUCAGAGCCCCAGGGCACCGGGCGCCUGUCUUACUACCCAUCCUAUGUGCCAAGGACCCUCAAGCCCACCGUCCCACCCCUGACGCCAGAGCAGUACGAGAUGUACAUGUACAGGGAAGUGGACACCUUGGAGCUGACACGGCAGGUGAAGGAGAAGCUGGCCAAGAAUGGGAUUUGCCAGCGCAUCUUUGGGGAAAAGGUGCUGGGAUUGUCGCAAGGGAGUGUGAGUGACAUGUUGUCCAGGCCCAAGCCAUGGAGCAAGCUAACCCAAAAAGGGCGGGAACCUUUCAUCCGGAUGCAGUUGUGGCUCACGGAUCAGCUAGGUCAAGGGAUAAGCCAGCAGGCCAACCCGCCACACGCCAGUCCUGAUGAGACUCAAUCUUCUCCCUCCCCACCACCCAGUCCAUCCGAGCAAGAGAAAAGUCCCCCCGAGCCCUUGAGUCUGACCCUAGAAAGCAGCAAAGAAAACCAGCAGCCAGAGAGCAGGUCAGGCUCCUCACUGAGUGGCAAGGUGUGUCCCAACAGCCAGGCACCCGUGGGCAUCCAGGAGAUCGUGGCCAUGUCGCCUGAGCUGGACACAUACUCCAUCACCAAGAAAGUCAAGGAGGUCUUAACGGAUAACAACCUCGGUCAGCGGCUUUUUGGAGAGAGCAUACUUGGCUUGACCCAGGGAUCCGUCUCCGACCUCCUUUCAAGGCCCAAACCGUGGCACAAACUGAGCCUUAAAGGGAGGGAGCCAUUCGUCCGCAUGCAACUCUGGCUGAACGAUCCACACAAUGUUGAAAAGCUGCGAGACAUGAAGAAAUUGGAGAAGAAAGCAUAUUUGAAGCGUCGCUAUGGAUUGGUCAGUGCUGGCUCAGACAGUGAGUCUCCCAACACCCGCUCAGAGUGUCCCAGUCCUAGCCUCCAGUCCCAAGAUCUCAGCCUUCUGCAGAUCAAGAAGCCAAGGGUCGUCUUGGCUCCAGAAGAGAAGGAGGCUCUGAAGAAGGCUUAUCAGCUGGAGCCAUACCCUUCCCAACAGACUAUUGAGUUGCUGUCUUUCCAGCUGAACCUCAAGACCAACACAGUGAUCAACUGGUUCCAUAACUACAGGUCCCGGAUGCGCCGAGAGAUGCUUGUGGAAGGUGCUCAGGAUGACACAGACCUAGAGCAGAGCAUGACCCCAUCCGGCAGCUCACUCAAGGGUCCACAGCCUCCAAGUCCUGACUCAGAAGGAGAGGACAGGAAGCCGAUGUUCAAAGAUGCUGAGUGCCAAGGGGAAAAGGAGUCACUGGUCCAGAUCAAGGAGGAGCAGGUGGAGACGGGUGAGAAGGAUGACUGUUCAGAUCCCAGAGACUCUUGUAGCUUGGAUGGGGAGACAGAGCCGACACCCAGGUCUACCCUCAAAGAAGAGCAGACAGAGGCAGCAUGCACAGGAGGCCCAAAUGAGGUUCCUAGCCUUACAUGGGGCAGUGCCCCACACAGCAAAACACAUGUACCUGGGACUCCUGAUUGCUCCUCUUUGCAUAACCGCAUGGAGUCAGACAAUGGUGAGAGGCUUCACCCUGACCCCAUUAGCUUUAAGUCCACUUCUGAAUCCUCCCGGUGCAGCUUAGAGGUCUCUCUGAAUUCUCCUUCUGCAGCCUCCUCUCCAGGCCUCAUGAUGUCCGUCUCUCCUGUCCCAUCCUCUUCCGCCCCCAUCUCCCCAUUGCCACUGAGCACCAUGGCUGCCAAAGUGCAGAGUUCAAGUCCUGCCACCGAUACGGGCACUGCGCCCCACAAUGCCAAACUGAGUACAAACAUCCAGCGACGGCAUGAGAAGAUGGCCAACCUCAACAGCAUCAUUCAUAGGCUAGAAAGAGCGGCCAACCGAGAAGAGACCCUGGAGUGGGAAUUCUGAAGGGCCACGUUAUUAAAAAGAAAGAAAGAAAGAAAACAAACGCCCAAAUUAAGUUGUUCAGAUUCUGUGGAACACAUUGAUGAAGCAGGGAAUAAUAGAGGAGUGUAUAUAGGAGUGUAUGUGUGUGUGUAUGUGUGUGUGUAUGUAUAUAUAUAUAAAUAUAUAUACACACACAUAUAAAAAUACAUAUAUAUAUAUAUAUAUUUUAUUAAUUUCAUCAAGUACUGAGGAAGAGACUAAAAAUCAGUUUCAUUUUGUUGAAAAAGAGCGAUUAACGGUUACCCUGUAGCCUCUUUUUUUUUUCCUUAGGUCUUGAUGGGAAGAUAAAACGACCUUUUGGUUUUAAAUGUGAAAACAAAAACAAACAAAAAAACUGGGAUCACUUUUAGAAGAAAAAAUAUUAAGAUAAUAUUUAUAGACCUCUUUUAGAUAUUUUAAUAAAAGGAAACUUUGGAAUUUAUAAACAGCUCAAGCUGCUUUGAUAUUAAAAGAUAGCUAUAAACUGUAUCAGUUGUGUCAUUAAAUGUCCACUGAAAGUCUUGUAGUUUGCCACUGGAUGAGAUUAAAAAUUAAAAAUUAAAAAGUUAUAACCCAGACUCAUUGAUCAAAGCCAUCAAGAAGCACUAUGAGACUGACCAAAAUUAUACUAAACUUGAUCGCCACGGGGAUGUGUGCUCUCCACAUUCGUCUGUAAGACGCUGCAUUUGCUAUGACCUUUCUGGAGACUUGUCUUAUAGUCCGUGAAGACUCUAAAAUUUGGAAUCCACGAUGCCAUCCUGAAUCUGUUGUUUAGUUCUGGUGGUAUGUUUUGAAACCCUUUUUUGUAACGCUGGAGGGAUUAAAAAGUGUUGCGUGCCGUUGUAUAUGUUGUAGAAAUAUGUUUGCAAUAGCCUUCCUGAACAAGAUGUAGCAUGGUUUCAGAACUGACUCCUCGGUCCUUUAUGCUUCCUCAAGUGGCCUGCAAGAAACUCCCAUAAAGGAACGCGCCAGAAACAAAGAAGCAGCAGCAGUCAAAAACAACAUUCUUCCCUGCCCGCUUUAGAAAUGCAGCACCUUUUAUUUCGAAAAGGUGUGUCUGGCAGCUUGAAAAGUCUGUGAUGCAUUUUGUUUGGCAAGGACAGACUUUGAGGAUAACCAAGACAACCCAUAAUGAAGGUUUACUCUCUCCUUCUUUUGCAUGGAAGUCACUGCCUUUUGCUUAGCUUGGUGUUUCAUUUUAGAAAGGAGCCACCAGUCUGAGCACUGACAUGUAUAGAGCAAAAACAUUGGCUCAUGCCUAAUUCAUUAUUUUUCUUUUUUCUUUUCUUUCUUAUUUCCUGACCCAGUCCUGAGCCCCGCAUAUGCGCAUGUGGAGCUCUUGUGUGUAUGUCAGUUCUCAUUCAUUUCAAGGGAUCUAGCAGAUCCAUGUGCACAAAGGGGCACACCUGGCCGAUCUGUGGAUGCAUUGGGGCUGCUGUGCAUUGUCAAAUGUCAAAUUGGGACAAAUGACUUUUUAACUUUCGUCAUGCCCAAGACUCUGUGUUUCUCACAGACACCACUGGAUUGCCACUCAAGCCAAGAAUCUCUUAUCGAGCGCAGAAUUUUGGCAUCCUGAAAGCAAAAGUGUUUUGUUUUUUUAAAAAGAGAGAGAGAGUCAAGUUUCUAGGCCUCAUUAGUGUGGAGAAGAACUUGAAGGUGUGUGGGCAGUGCCUGAUGAAAUCUCAGAAGCUGAGUGUGGCUAAGCAAAAGUUCCACUGGUCUGGAGGUGUAAGACUAAGAACUCCCUGCCUUCAAAGGAGACGAUCUGCUGCAUUUCUUCAGGAGGCAAUGUCCUGGACAGGGUAAUGGUUAGUUCUGCUGUAUCGGAAGUAAUCAAAUUAUCCAUUCACACUUGAUUGGAGAGGAGAGCUGGUCUUGUGGUAGCAAGCAUGACUUGUCCCUUUAGCUAAGCAGGGUCAGCUCUGCUUGCAUAUGAAUGGGAGACUUGAUGUGUGAAAAGCCCUGUAAGAUAUUCCCCUUAGGGGAUGGAGUCACCCUGGGAAGAGCAGAAGGUUCCAAAUUCCCUCCCUGGCAGGGCUGAGCAUCUCCAAGAUAGGGCUGAGAGAGAUUCCUGCCUGCAACCUCGGAGAAGCCCCUGCCAGUCUGUGUAGACAAUACUGAGCUAGAUAGACUAAUGGUCUGACUCAGUAUAUGGCAGCUUCCUAUGUUCCUGUGAUGGAGAGGUGGCAGAAUUAUCCAAUGGAGGCUGCAGGGCACAACUAGAGCAGCUCAGAACAGAAAGGAAUGUUGUAGCCUCAUCUCUGAGUGCUUGUGGAGGAUGAGUUUAUUCUCACUGCCGGCACGUUAGCUGUGAUCCUGUGGAACACGAGUCUGUCCAACCCCAGUUUUGGUAUUGCCACUUUAGCAGUUUGAAAUCAGACGUUUGAUUCCCUUUCCCCCCAACCCCCAAUUGAUGUGAUUGUUCUUAUUAUAGGACUUUGCACUCAUCCAUCAUCACCAGAGCUUAACAUGUUUGAAAGAGGCAAAGAAAAACCUGUCAACUAGGCACUGAGGCCAUAUGUUAGAUAGGGUGGCUUUCCCCCCACUGUAUGCAUUUUUGUCGGAAUGGAAGCUCUUUUUAUAUAUUGGCAGUUCCCAGUUUUACUCGAUCCGCACCAUUUGGCCCUGGAAGCACCGUCCACCCAGAUUUCAAUAAACAUCCCAGCUCGCCAUUUCCUUUUUUAACGGUUUGCAAGCCAGCAGGGAAUGGAAGGCUGGGUUCGAUCCACUUACUUCUCUCCUUGACACGCUAGAAAUUAGCUUUAGUGGAACAGGAUUUGAACUAAGCACUUAGGUAUAGUCUUUUGAACCCAGAGAGAAAUCCUGUUGUACUAAAAGCUGGCGGGACGUGUCAGUCACCUUUUCUUAAGUUCAUGUACUGUACUUUAAAAAGUUUUACAAGAUUGAUUGAACUUUGUUAAACAUUUUAAAGAAAGAAAGAAAAAGGACCACAAGUUCUGUAAAAGAGCCACUAAAAAUACAGAAGUUGUAUAAUGACUUGA